UCUUUCUGUCGGAGUAGACGCUAGCUCGACUCGCUCUGCCUUCUUACAACAAACAUUAUCUGCUGUUCCAACCUCUUCUACAACACCAUUAUCUACGUGGUAGCAGCAACAUAUAUUAAUUGUAUACUAUGAUGGAACAAACGGACUUGAAGCAGGUUUCCAUGAUGGGCUCAGGUCAGAUUUGCAGUUCGAACCCGACUACUCCAACCUCCAGUUCCGCCAACAAAAUGCUGGGACCUGACCGUGUCAAACGUCCGAUGAAUGCCUUCAUGGUGUGGUCCCGUGGACAGCGACGUAAGAUGGCGCAGGAGAACCCCAAAAUGCAUAACUCUGAGAUUAGUAAACGACUUGGGGCCGAAUGGAAGUUGCUGUCGGAGGCUGAGAAGCGACCAUUUAUCGACGAGGCCAAGCGACUUCGGGCCGUACACAUGAAGGAACACCCCGAUUACAAAUACCGACCAAGACGCAAGACGACACUUAUGAAAGAUAAGUAUGGACUCCCCGGUAUGAUUUCACCCGGUGGUGGGGCUGUUCAACGGGCCGUCGAUGGUAUGCAGUAUCCACUCAAUGGUUACAUGAAUGGUGGCUACCCAAUGAUGCAACCAGACCAACUGUCAGCGCACACAUAUCAACCCCAUAGCCUCGCUAGCGCUCAAUCACAAAUGGCGCAGGCUAAUGGCGGACUUCACCCGCGCUAUGACAUGCCAAGUCAAAUUUACACACCUAUGUGUACAGCCGGCUCCUAUGUCAACCCGCCGACGAGUUACACUAUGACAGCACCUUACACAACACAACACAACCAAAUGCACCAGUCUCCGGCAGCGGUGGGAAUCUCCAAAUCAGAACCAAUGGUGAGUGCGGCGACGGCGGCAGCAGUAGCAGCGAACCGAGGAAGGAGCUGUCCGGGCGAUUUGAGAGAAAUGAUUUCCAUGUACCUACCGGGUGAUGCCAACGACCCAAAUGCUCGUCAACACAGCAAUGCCAUGGUGGCACACCAAGAACAAUAUUCACAGAAUCCGUCAGGAGUCGGGGUAAACGGUGUCUCUCACUACGACCACGAAUUAAAAUGAAGGGACACACAGUAUGAGGAUGAACGAACAGUCAAGCCCCCUGGAUGAGAGCGUAUAUAAAUGUAUGCAGUUGUUUACACUACGUGUUAACCCUUUGAACGCAAAAGUUUACUUUUGUUACUUUUUCGCAAAAUAAACCUGCAUAUAUUUUGUAAAUGAGCAAUAUUUGUAGAUAUUAACGGAAGUUUUUGUCUAAAAUUAACAAAAUAUACAUAACAAUGUGUAAAAUGAC